GGACCACCUUCAUUCAAUUGCCCGUUGCUUUCCAAUUCGAUCCUCCAAUCGACUGGUAUUCCCCAGAUCAUCCCCCAAUGAAGAGAUUGCCCUAAAUAUGAUGCAUGAAGACGCCAUCCAACCGCCUAAAUUCAUAAACUCAAAGAUAGUAACUUAUUAUCGAUUGCCCGUUGAAUAAGAUUAGGUCUACCUGGCAUACUAGCUCCAGUAAACACCUCUGUAGUCGCAAUAAGGCUCAUGCCAAUACAAAUCCUCUAGUGAGCCAUAUGUUUGUUUCGCAUAAGCGGAUUGCACACCCCAUUAUUCUGUUCUACACAUGUCAAAUGUAUAGAAUGCUGGCCAACCAGUCUAGCAGGGCUAACGAUUCAGAAGAUAGAUUUUUAGUAGCUGUGCAAGGUCUUAGGAAGUGAACAAUGUAUCACGCGUUCAACCGUCGCCGGCUGUAGGUGGUAAGCUGCUGAGCGAAGGCGAACACGUCAUCUGCCGACCCCUCAUGAAGUGCAAGUAAUAGAUAUCGUUCACUGAGCUGGACAGAGAAAAGGCCUGAAAGAAAUCUAUUGGUAAUCUCAGCUCGGCCAGAGACAGCAAUGACGACAGAUGAGGGCACUAAGAUUGGGAGACUUUUAGCGUCCUUGACGCCCUCGUGGUCCCGUGCUGCCUUCUUAUGCUUCGCCCAAACAUGGGAUUACUGUACUUUGCCACAUAUGGAGCAUUGCUUUUAGCGACAGCCUUUCCAGCCGAGAAACAGAGCCUGCAGCUAUGCUUAAAGACAAUGCGCCUCAUCAGCGUACAUAGAUCUCAGAUUGAAGGGCUACUCUUGUGGCACUCCCCCUGCAUCCCGAGAGAAGCGAGUUGAAGUAGAUCUUCGAGGGGUUGGACACUCACGAAAAGCAGAGGAUGAGGAACUAAUGAGGAACUGAUGUACUAAGUGCUAAACAACCCUCUAGCACCAAAAGGGUAUUAUUGCCAAUAUGCG